AGACGUAACAAACGAUUAUGGGUGUGCCACCGAAAUACUAGAUCUAGAUCUACUCAGUACUCCGACUAUCUGAUUCCACAAGAUGUAGAGUGCAACUUUGGAAAAGAAGAUGAUGGUUUUUCCAUUGUACAGUGAUUCUGAAUUUGUUUUUACAGAUUUCCCAGGAUGUGCUGUAGUUUUUAAGGGAAGAAAAAUGUCACCUCCAUACAGGGCAUAAGGACACAAACCAAGAGGAAUAGAAACCUUGCCGUUGUUACAAGACAGAAGAAAUGAUCAGUACUUCACCGUGAAUACUAGGACCUUGCUAUACAAAGAAAAGAAAGAAUUCAGCACUAAGUAUAAAGAGAGAUCUCCCUGACUGAGGAAAUCCACACGGGAUUCUGUUAUAAAACAUCAGGAUAAAGAAAUAGAUGUCUGCUGUAAAUAAUGUAUAGAGGAGUGUACCAGAAAUAUGUCACCGUGUCUGGUGUUAGAGAGUGUAGUCACAUUUCACGUGUUACAUCAGACCGGGUCUGGAUCAGUGGUAAUAGAGGCAAUCUUAUACUGACAAACACUAAAGGGGAAGAACUAGAUCACAUGACAGAUAUAGGUAGUGUUUGGGGAGGACACACUGUGAAUUCGAACGGUGAUUUAAUUUAUAUAGACAGGGAAUAUAAUAUCAAUAGACUGUCUACAGAGAACAGAGUGAAGACUACGAUAAUAAAGUACAACACGUCACCAUGGGAACCACUGUGUGUCUACAGCUCCCCCUCCACUGGAGACCUGCUGGUCGGGAUGUAUAGACGUUAUCCAUAUACAGGCAAGGUAGAGCGGUAUAACUCCACAGGAGAAAACAUCCAGACCAUACAGCACCACAACAACACAGGUCAGGGACUGUAUAGACUACCUAUCCACAUCACAGAGAACCGCAAUGGAGAUGUAAUUGUGUCUGACGGGCUCCGUCAUGCUGUAGUGGUGACAGAUCGUGACGGUAAUUACCGAUUCUCCUACACAGGUCCUCCAUCAGGAUCACGACUAUAUCCACAUGGAAUCUGUACUGACGCGCUGUCACACAUCCUGCUGUGUGAUUUUAGCACCGAGUCAGUACAGAUGUUAGAUAGUGAGGGUCACUAUCUGACAGAGAUAAAGACACGACAACACGGGAUAUACAUACCAUGCGGCCUGAGUUAUGAUGAGGACACACACCUACUGUGGGUAGGGGCAGCCAAAAACAACAACACAGUCAACCUAUACAGAGUGGUAGAUACAGACUCUCUGACUGGACUCCCUCUGGAGGACAUCAAAUGUAGAAAACAUCCCAGAAUUCCCCUGGACCAGUUCUGUACCCCGUGUGGUGUUCCCUUGUGUGUAAAGUGUACCAGAUCUAAGGAUCACAGCAGACAUCAACUUAGAAAUAUAGAGACAUUGUUUGACAACAUUCACAGGAUAGAUGGUGGAGAUACACUAUUGAUGUGCCUUCUUAUUUCCAAUUCCUACAAAAUAAACAUGAAAGAAGGAAAUUGGAUUACCAAAUAUAAUGCUGUUGCCAAAACUUUUCACUCAAAGAAAAUCACAAAGCCAUUUGUUCUUACAGAUUUGGAAAAUUACAAACCAAUUCUGAAACUCAAUGAAUCAGAGAUCAGUUUUUCCACUGAGCUGUUCAAGUACAUUACUUUCCUGAAAAUUUCAAAGCGUUUUGGAUUGAACUUUACUGAUAUUUUCUUGACUUGGGCAGAAAAAGAAAAUAUUUCUGAGUUCUGUAGAUCCUGGAAUUAUCAGAGAGGAGAGGAUGAAGUUUGCUGUUGGUUGCUGCCAGAAAAAAAUGAGGAGUUUUUAAAAAGACUUGGAGAAAAUAUUUUCAUGAACCCAACAAUGGAGGACCAGUCAUUCCAUGAAGCUGUAUUUAGGAAAUUAGGAAUACCAAUGCAGAUUAUCCUAAGGGGAGACAAAUCAGUGACGAAUUUCAUUGAGAAUUUAAAGAAAGGGAAGAAAACCAUGUACCAUGCCUCUGGGAUGAUAAUAGGGUGUGCUGGUAGUGGGAAAACCACAUUGUUAGAGAGACUGAAGGGCAUUGACCUUGAAGAAAUAAAGAAAAACAUCAGGUCAACUAGAGGAAUCGAUAUCCACUCAGAUGUCUUUGAUGUGACAGAAAGCAUCCAAGCAAAUACUUCAAGCCAAAAGCAACACUUUAAACUCAGACUUGAUAAAAAAGAUAUGAAGCAGAGUGUUCCUGAUUACCAUUCAGAAAAUGCAGCUGAUGAUGAGAAAAUACAGGAAAAGAUGGAAACACCUGAUGAUGAGGGCAAUACGACUGAAGCAUCAAGCAGUGGACAGAUAUAUCACAUGAUGAUACCAACAUUAAAACAACUUCAUCCCAUGAACCACAGGUGGCCACAUCACCAGAAAAUGUAG